AAUUAACAAGCUUUUCUUUCUCUAUAGUUUUGUGUGUGGCGUGUUCCUGAAGAUAUGCCGUUAAAGCUUGUCCUUGCUUCCUACCUCUUGGCCGUUACCACCACCAAUCACACUACUUUAACAAAAAUAACUUUUCUUGACACAUCAAUAAAAUCACAAAUUAACAUGUUACAUACAUUUAACUAAAUUUGUUAGGGAAACAAGUGGAGAUUUUCAUAGUCUGAACAAAACAACUUGAUGAUGCCACAAUCCUACUCUGUCACUAUACAAAUUUUGUUACUACUACUUGUGUUACCUCAAACUAAAGCUGAUUUAAAUUCAGAAAAGCAAGCACUUCUUGAUUUUAUUGAUGCAGUUCAUCAUGGUGAAAAAGUCAAUUGGAGUUUUAGUACCUCAAUAUGCACUUCUUGGGUGGGAAUUUCAUGUAGUCCUGAUGGUUCUCAUGUUUGUUCUGUGAGGCUACCGGGCAUUGGAUUGCGCGGUUCUCUCCCGGAAAACACCAUUGGUAAGUUACAUGGUCUCGUCGGUCUCAGUCUCAGGUCUAACACUUUGAGUGGAAACCUUCCAAGUGACAUAUUUUCCCUUCCUUCUUUAAGAUUUUUAUAUCUUCAACAUAACAACUUUUCAGGUCAUAUUCCUGAUAAUUUGCCACCUCAUCUUAUGUUUCUUGAUUUGUCAUAUAACUCUUUCACUGGAAAAAUUCCAAGCAUAAUCCAAAGCUUGACAUUUCUAAUAGGACUAGACCUACAAAAUAACUCUCUCAUAGGACCUAUUCCUAAUGUUGUUGAUCUUCCUAACCUUAAGAGUUUGAAUUUGAGCUUUAACUAUCUGAAUGGUUCAAUUCCUUCAGGGUUUCAUAAGUUUCAUGCAUCCUCAUUUAAAGGGAAUUUGAUGUUAUGUGGUGCACCUUUGAAACAAUUUUCUUUAGCUUCUUCUACUCCUAUUUUGUCUCCACUAAUAGUGUCACAAAAAGUACCAAGUGAUAUCUCAAACAAGAAGCUGAAUACAUGGACAAAAGUUGCUAUUGCUUUGGGAGUUUUAGCAGUGAUGUUGAUUCCUGUUGUUAUAGUAGUAUUCUGUUGUUUCAAGAAAAAAGUGGGUGAACAAAAUGUUACACCUAAAGAGAAAGGGGAGAAGCUUAUUAUGGAGGAAUUUGGAAGUGGUGUGCAAACAAAUGAGAGAAACAGGUUAAUGUUUUUUGAAGGUUGUUGUUAUAAUUUUGAUCUUGAUGAUUUGUUGAGAGCCUCAGCUGAAGUACUUGGGAAGGGAAGUUGUGGAACAACUUAUAAAGCCAUUUUGGAAGAAGGGACAAUAUUGGUUGUUAAGAGAUUAAAAGAAGUGGCAGUGGUGAAAAGAGAAUUUGAACAGCAAAUGGAGAUUGUCCAAAGGCUUGAUCACCACCCAAAUGUAGUUCGCCCUCUUGCUUACUAUUAUUCCAAGGAUGAAAAAUUAAUGGUUUAUGACUACUUCACAACUGGAAGCUUUUCCAAGUUAUUGCAUGGAUCAAGUGAAAUGGGACGAACUCCACUAGAUUGGGAUUCCAGAUUGAAGAUCAUGGCAGGAGCUGCUAAGGGCAUUGCUCAUAUCCACUCAGCCAAUGGAAGGAAACUUGUCCAUGGCAAUAUAAAAUCAUCCAAUGUGCUUCUCUCAAUAGAUCUUCAAGGCAGCAUAUCAGAUUUCGGACUAACACCUCUAACAAGUUUAUGUGUCUCCCCCAAAAGUCCUCCGGGUUACCAAGCACCGGAGGUGAACGAGAGCAGAAAAUCCACACAAAAAUCCGAUGUAUACAGCUUUGGCGUUCUUCUUCUUGAGAUGCUGACUGGGAAAACGCCAGCUCAGUAUUCAGGACAUGAUGAUGUGGUUGAUCUUCCAAAAUGGGUUCAAUCUGUUGUUAGAGAGGAAUGGACUGCUGAAGUGUUUGAUCUUGAGCUAAUGAGAUAUCCAAACAUUGAAGAAGAACUGGUGCAGAUGUUGCAACUGGCAAUGGCAUGUGUAGCAGUGAUGCCUGACACAAGGCCUUCAAUGGAGGAAGUAGUUAAGAUGAUUGAAGACAUCAGAGCAUCCAUUUAUUAGUACCAGAUACCAUUCAUAGAGAACAAGUUCAAAGUAAAUUCGUUGCCAUGUUUGAUUAGUGCCUAUUCGAGAUUGAUUUGAGGUCUUACCAUCAAAAGAAAAACACCUAUACUUAAUCAUCUUGCCAUUUUCUUUUUACCUUCACAUGAUAGCUUUAACUCUAACGUGUAAAAACCAUACUAGAAAUAGAUCAAAUUUUUUAAACAAAGUAUAAUCUUAUUUUGAUGGUAUUAAUGGAGAAAA